UUACAACUUCCACGUAGCUACUAACUAGCUACAGUCAACCAUAAAACAGGAGACAAUAAUCGGAACCGAUACCCACCGGACUAACCACAGAACCGACUAGUCUAGCGGCAAGUCCGUCCGUCUUCUCCGCAUUCCAAUCUAACCACUAACCAGCUUACCUUAAGUAUAACAUCCGACCGAACCUCGGCAUGAUUAAAGUCCCGUAGUCAAUCAAUCAAACACCUUUAUAACAACACCACUCCUCCCCCUACCUACCUUGAAACCAUAACCCUCACCAUACCCAAACCCAUACAAUUCUCAAAGAAGAAGGGUAAAAAAGAAAAGAAAAUGGCACCAACCCUCCCCACCCCCACUUCAAACACCAUAACCCUCUCCCUCCCCCACCCACACGUCCUCCUCGUCACUCUCUCCCGACCCAAAGCACUAAACAGCAUUUCCACCGCGGGCCACCACGACCUCCACGCCAUCUGGACCUGGAUGGACAAUGAGCCCUCAAUAAGAGUAGGCAUAUUGACCGGCUCCGGGAGGGCGUUUUGCGCGGGCGCAGACCUUAAAGAAUGGAACACCACCGUCCAAACCCCCACAUCAUCAUCCACCACCACCCCCACCACCCCAGGCAUGCCCCCCAGCGGCUUCGGGGGUCUCUCCCGACGGAGCGGAAAGAAACCUAUCAUCUGCGCAGUGAACGGGCUCUGUCUGGGGGGCGGAUGCGAGAUGGUGCUCAACGCCGACAUGGUGAUCGCUUCUUCUAAAGCGUAUUUCGGGUUGCCGGAGGUGCAGCGCGGGGUGGUGGCGUGGGCGGGGGCGUUGCCGCGGCUGGGGAGGAUCGUGGGACGGCAGAGGGCGAUGGAGAUGGCGUUGACGGGGAGGAAAGUUACUGCAGAGGAGGCGGAGAGGUGGGGGAUUGUGAAUGAGAUUGUUGGUGAUGAUGGUGGGAAAGGGGUGGUGGAGAGGGCGGUGGAGGUUGCGGUGCAGAUUGCGGGGAAUAGUCCUGAUGCGGUGUUGGUUAGUCGGGAGGGAGUCAAGUUGGGGUGGGAGGGGGUUGGGGUUGAGGAGGCGACGGGGAUGUUGAUGGAGGGGUGGUCGGAGAAGUUGAAUCAGGGGGAGAAUAUUAGGGAGGGACUGAGGGCGUUUGUGGAGAAGAGGAAGCCCGUCUGGAGGGAUAGUAAGUUGUAAGCAACAGGUUAAGAUUUAAAUCGGUUACUGUUUGUGAGACCUGGCAUAGAUUCAUGUUCAGUCAUGUAUUCGUGCUAGUUGCCUGCAACUAUGUACAUCAUUAUCAUGUUAUGACUAUGCUAAUCCGUUUCCAUACCCAUGCUCCAUAUCCGC